UUGACGGUUGAACGCUCACCUAACAUGUCAUCGAACAAGUCUCAAGAACUCGCGAGUCCGAAAGAGAGGCAGGAUGAGGAAAAGGGUCAGAUUGGUCGGAGCGCAAACGGACAGGAGGUCAGAGACGGUCCUAGUCUUGAACACGAAGUGGCGCGCCGAACGGUGGAGCGCGUGUCGGAGGAGUUUAAGAUGUACGUGAAUGCCAAACUAAUGCAAAUGAAGAAGCAAGUCUCGGAUCCUAAAAUUGUGAAAGAGAUCAAUAACAUCCUCGAGAUAUCAGCAGACAUACACAAGAAGUUAAAGAAUGACCAAAGCAAGCUGGCAAACGCCGUGGAUGGUGCCGGGGAGUGGCGCAAGCGGGAGAACUCCCGACUUACUGACCUCGUACAGAGAAGACUGGAGUAUCUUCAGAAUCCUUCGGAUUGUGACAAGGCCAAGAAAAUUUUCUGCAAACUGUUAACUAAUGGAUGUGGAUAUGGAUGUCAGCUGCAUCAUGUGACCUUCUGCCUGAUCAUGGCGUACGCUACCCAGCGCACGCUCAUCCUGAAGGGGGAGGGAUGGGCAUACUCGGCCAAGGGCUGGGAGUCUUUAUUCCUGCCAAUCAGCAAGACGUGCCGCUGGACCGGCGGUCCGGUUGUUGCAUCGCAAUGGGGACCGAAUUCUACGACGGAUAGUUCGCAAGUCAUCGAGCUUCCGCAGUUAUUUCAAUUGUCUUCGCGCCCACGUUUUUUACCGCUAGCAAUACCGGAAGACCUCGCUGACCGUUUGACACGUAUUCACGGUGACCCUCCGGCUUGGUGGGUCGGUCAGUUUGUGACCUACGUGACAAGACCAAGCGCCAUGUUGCAGACGUUCCUUAAUGAAAGCAAAGAAAAGAUGAACUUUACCAAUCCUAUAGUCGGAGUGCACGUGAGACGAACAGACAAGAUCGGUACGGAGGCCUUAUUUCAUAACGUUGAUGAAUAUAUGCGUCACGUCGAAGAAUGGUUCGAUAUCUAUGAGAAGCAGCACCCCCGUGCUCAGCGGAAAUUGUAUUUAGCGUCCGAUGAUCCGGGGGUCUUGCUUGAGGCAAAAAAGAAUUAUCCCAACUACACCUUUGUGAGUGACAACGAGGUAUCAAAGAAUGCAAAUCCGAGAAGUCGCAACACGGAAACCUCCCUACAUGGCAUUAUUCUCGACAUUUACCUGCUGUCGCGAUGUGAUUAUCUCGUCUGUACCCUCUCAUCUAAUGUCUGUAGAGCGGCAUACGAGCUGAUGCAGCCGCUACAUGGAGAUGCCUCAGAGUGGUUCAAAUCUCUCGACAGCACAUAUUACGUCCACGGGCAGAACGCACACAACUUCGUGUCGGUCGAGGCCCACCAGAGUAGACGUGAGGGUGAGAUCAGCUUCAACGUUGGUGACACGAUACGCCUGGCGGACAAUCGCUGGGACGGGUAUUGUUACGGUACGAACGUGAAUACGGGAAAAUCGGGUCUCUUUCCGUUAUACAAGACGAUAAAUGAAAUAGAGCGAGCGAAGAUGCCUGUAUACCCUGAAGUACCAGAUUUGUUAUGA